AUGUUGGUUCGACUGAGAACGGUUCAGAGAUGUCGUUUGCCUCCCAUUCGACGAUUUUUGUCUAAUCCUGCCUUUGCGACGAACCCCGUUCCCCAUCCCGACUACCCUCCUUUCAUCGCACGCGUUCAGCAAACCCCGGGAACGCUUCAAGGGACGACUCGUUUCACGGUACUCCCGACCCCCCUUCCUCAAGAUUCCUCGUCGCCUGCGAACGAUGUCUGGUUCACCGACUCGACCACGCAAGAGCUUAUUGCCGUGAUCGACGCUUGUUUGCACAACUUAUAUGACGUGCCGCGUGCAAAGCAGAUUUUCGACCGGCUAAGAAAACGGUCGUCAAAUGUGCUGGAGCCGAGAAUAUACAAUAGUAUGCUAGAGUCUUAUGUUGCCAUGGCCUCGGCAACAGACGACGCGGCCAAACCCAAGUACUGGUUAGAGGAAGCCUGGCGACUGUACCAAACGAUGGAGAGUUCGACGGUGGAUAAAAUCGCUCCUACAGCCUCUACAUACGCUCUAAUGCUACUUGCAUGGCUAAGAUUUAAUCCGGACUCGGCCAAUCCAGUGUCCUGCGACAGGGCCCAAACGCCUCUCGCUCUGCUCUCCAAUCUCAUUGACCGAGAGAUAUCAGUCCCAUCUAUUGUCUCGGACCGUGUAUUUGAGUCCGAUGAAGAGGCAGCGCAAGUCAUCAAAAUGUUGUCCAAAGCUGCCGUAGACCUCAAUCUCUCAAAGGUAGUGUCGGAACUCGGGCAGGCAGAAGCCAUCGGGUCAACAUAUCAAGAUCCUCUCGAGAACGUCCCGGACGUGAGGCCAGUGUUGGCCUUCAAGAUGAAGGAUAAGGUACGUCAUGCCACAUCGCAUCCUCUUGAAUAUGUGGCUAAUUGCUCCCACAAGUCCGGCACCCCAGCUGACCCAGAGAUUCCAUUCAAUCUGACGAACCUGCGGAACCACCUGGCGGACGUGGUGCUCGCUAGACGCGUCCUCCCUUCUGAACUCACAGCGCGUCAAAAGCUCCUCGAAGAAUCCGUGUAUGAUGUUGCUGUCACACGACUGAAGCACCAAGCCGAGAGAUUUGCAGAGUUGGGGAUCACCAGCCAGGCACUCAAAACCCAUGACUUGCAAAAGUGGAUGUGGGAAUGGCAUCUUAAAUUGCAGGAAAGAUUGGCGGUAGCUAUCAAAGAUAUCCUCGAGGUCGAAUCCAACCCAGUGAAGAAGAGGGGGAGAGUAGCGACAACCAUCCCACUUUCUCCAUUCUUGCAACUUGUCAAGCCUGAGAAGUUGUCCCUAAUCACUAUCCUCGAGAUCAUGCGGUUGCAGGGAACGGGUGGCGUAAGCGACGGGAUGAAGACAGCCCGUGCACUGAUUGGAGUGGGCCAAUGCGUGGAGAUGGAGUAUAAGGCGCAGAUGUGCAAAAAGAACACUACGUCUCUUCCGUCGAGCAUCCCUACCUCGGAUAUCGGGUCGAAUCAGAGCACGGAUGCCGCUCCUGCGGUCCCUGGCGCGCCAGCGGCUCAAAUCUUCUCGAAGUAUCAGUACUGGGACUUGCACGCUCGCCGGGUGGCCGCGAAGCAAUUUGUGGAAGAUGGCGAAGGGUGGACGGCGGAUUGGACGCAGGCAGUCAGGCUUAAGGUCGGAAGUAUCCUGGUAGAAUGUCUGAUGGAUGUUGCUGAGGUUGAGAGGACCGGUGUGCAUCCCAAGACUGGUGCUAUCGUCUCGGAAGUUCAACCAGCCUUCUUCCAUUCCUACGAGUACAUCCGUGGCCAGAAACUCGGUGUCAUUCGGCUAAAUCCAGUUGUUGCUGAACGCAUUGCGAAAGAUGGGUUAAGGGAAACGCUGCAUCCACGUCAUCUUCCCAUGUUAGUGCGACCCAAGCCAUGGCUGAAUCACGAUCAAGGAGGAUAUUUCUACAACAAGACAUCGGCAAUGCGUUUCAAAGAUUCUGUUGAGCAACUCGCAUACCUCAAGCACGCAUCUCAGCUAGGCAACGUCGAGCUCGUGUACGCUGGUCUGGACGUCCUCGGGUCUACUCCGUGGAGAAUAAACAGGCCCGUGUUUGACGUUGUCCUCGCCGUGUGGAAUUCCGGCCUUCGUCUAGGGAAAAUGCCUCCAGCGACAUACGAUGAGCAGGAACCCGAACGACCCGACAACUACGAAACUGAUCUCAGGGCCAGGAACUCGUAUCUGCAGCGCCAGCGUGCUUACGCGCAAGGCAAGGCAAAUAACCACAGUGAUCGAUGCAGCGUCAACUAUAAGAUUGAGAUCGCUCGAGCGUUCCUUGGUGACACGAUCUAUCUACCCCACAAUCUCGACUUCCGUGGCCGCGCCUACCCUAUCCCUCCCCAUCUGAAUCACAUUGGAGAUGAUCUGUCUCGUGGCCUUCUCAAGUUCUCUGAAGCUAAGCCCUUGGGUGAACGUGGUCUUCGAUGGCUCAAGAUUCACCUUGCCAAUUUGUAUGGAUUUGACAAGGCCAGCUUCGAUGAACGCGUCGAAUUCGUUAUGGAUCGCCUAGAUGACGUCUUUGAUAGCGCGACUCGACCCCUGGAGGGCCGUCGAUGGUGGACUCAAGCUGAUGACCCGUGGCAAUGCCUGGCAUGCUGUAUAGAACUACAUGCUGCGCUAACCUCCCCGGAUCCCCCAGCAUUUAUGUCGUCGAUCCCGGUCCACCAGGAUGGUACUUGUAACGGUCUGCAACAUUACGCCGCCCUCGGUGGGGAUGCGCGUGGUGCCGCCCAGGUCAAUCUCAGCGCCUCAGAACGUCCAUCGGAUGUCUACACAUAUGUCGGCAACAUGGUAGAAAAACUCCUGGAGGAAGAUGCUCAGAAAGGCGAGAAAUACGCUAUUCUACUCCAGGGCAAAAUCACCAGGAAGGUCGUCAAGCAGACCGUCAUGACAACCGUGUACGGCGUGACUUAUGUUGGUGCUCGUGACCAAAUCGAGAAACAGCUAAAGGACCGAAAGGAUAUUCCUGAUGAAGAUACUUGGGGCGCCUCUGCCUACCUAGCUAAGAAGGUCCUUGCUUGUAUUGGUGACCUUUUCACCGGUGCACAGCAUAUACAGAAUUGGCUCAAUCUCUGCGCGCGGCUUAUAUCGAAAUCCAUCCCCGCUGACAGAUUACCUGAAGUCUUGACGGAUCAUUCGAAAUCAAAGGGUGGCUCCCGCAAGAGCACCCUCCCUCAGGACCGGAUACGCAAAGAGCAGAUGACCUCCGUCGUUUGGACUACCCCGUUGGGCUUGCCCAUUGUUCAGCCGUACAGGAAGCCCAAACGAAAGCAGAUUAUGACCUCUUUGCAAACGGUGUUUAUCUCGGACCCGAAUUCACCGGCUGAAGUGAACACGAUGAAACAAGCUUCCGCGUUCCCGCCUAACUUCAUCCAUAGUUUAGAUGCUACGCACAUGAUGUUGACCGCUCUUGAAUGCAGAGCUCAAGGCCUUACAUUUGCUUCCGUUCAUGACUCUUAUUGGACACACGCGUGUAGCAUCGACAAGAUGUCCGAAGUAAUCCGUGAUACCUUUAUUACAUUGCAUUCCUCCGACGUCUUAGUAAAACUCCAAGAAGAGUUCCUAGAGCGGUAUCGGGGAUACAAGGUCCCUCUAAUGAACCUCCGUUCCCCUCGGCUCGUGAAGCACCUCAAAGAAGCUGGAGCGAGAGUCGUGGCUACUCCGGAGCAAGCUAAGACGCUGGACGCCAUCAAAGAACUCCUGGUCAUCUCGGACACAGAGAAGCCAACCGUUGAAGAGACCGACGACCCCGCCGCCCUCGCUGAUCUCCAGAAUAUGCUUGAACAACUACAAAAAGAAGAACCGACACCGGUUGCUACUCCCGAAAAAUCUGACGAUCCCUCGAAAUCUCUCGUUGAGAUGCUUCUCGAAGAGGACGAAUCAGAAGUGGAUGAGGAGGAAGAGGACGAACAAUUUAGUCCUCGUGCGAAAGCCGCUAAGAAGAGGAAGGCGAAGGAGGACGCAGCUACCAUCACUCUCCUGGGCAAAUUCGUUGACUUGACUGACAUCCUGCCGCCGUUGCCUGCUAAGGGCGACUUUAAAGUCGAGGCUAUAAAGUCUUCGCAGUACUUCUUCUCUUAA